AAAAUGAAUGAAGAAAUUGAUCAUCAUUUAGAAAUGUAAGAAACAAAUGCCAUGUUGCUUUAAUAAUUUGAAAAUGUGAUCGAAUUAUAAGAAUCUGAGACUCUAAAUAAACAUUCAGAUCCACCUUCUCCAACAAAAUAAUAAAAUAAGAAAAAAGAAAGAAUCGUCGAAAGAUUAUUAUCAAAUAGAGCUAAAUUCAAUGAAAAGACAGCAUUAUUCAAUUUAAUUAAUACAUUAUAAUUAGUAAUGAAUUUUAUUUUAAAUUUAGGCUAUAACUCUUUAUAAUAUCAGUUCAAUUAUUAAUAUAGAAGGAUAAGCAAAUUUAAAAUUUUAUGAUACAACUCAGAUCUAUAGUUUUUAUGUAUGGAAUAAGUAAGGAUUUUCAGUUUAUUACCUUAUUAUAAUCUUAAUUAUGGUUCAUAUUUUAAAAUUAUUGACAUGUUUAGUGGGUAUAAAAUAUUUAUCAAAUUAGGUUAUUUCUGUGUUGUCUAAAAAAGUGAAAAAUUAUUAACUAUCUUUAUGAUGUUAACUUUUACUUGUGUAAUUACAAGAGGCAUUAUUACUAUAUUAUUGCUAAUUGAUUAUAAUUAAAUUGAACUAACAUAAACAUAUGUUUAUGGAGAUUCUGAUAAAGUAGCCUAAUCUUAAGCUGUAUAAUUUACUAUUGUUUUGAUCUUAUUUGUUGCUGUUGAAAUUAUUAUGGGUUUAUAGAGCCUUUUAUUAGCAGGCCAAGCUAAGAAAAAAUAUAAAUGUACAUCAAUUCAUCUAUUAAAAUAAAGCCAUGCGAAUAAAUGAAAAGAAAAUUGCUGCUCAUUAUUCAAUAGCCUACUAAAUAAUGCUCAGAUAAUUUAUAAUUUGA